AUUAAGUGUAGACACUGCAUUUUGCAGUCAUUAAGCCCUGAGCUCCUUUGCAGUCCAAGGAGAGCCAUGCAGGAUGAAGAUGGAUAUAUCACCUUAAACCUUAAAAGCCGAAAACCAGCUCUCACCUCAGUAGACCCUGCUUCUUCCUCUCUGUGGCGUAUGAUGACUUUGGCUCUGCUGGUCUUGUGCGUGGGGAUGGUUGUUGGGCUGGUGGCUCUGGGGAUUUUGACUGUUACACAGCAAAGGUACCUACAAGAUGAGAAUGUAAAGGUCUCAGGAACCCUGUGGCAACUAGCAAGGAAGGUCUGCCAGGAUUUAAUAAAAGAAUUAGAAAAGAAAGAACCCAAAAGCACUAGGAGGUUUCUCUGGCUGGUUUCUCCUCAAGGCCAUAAAUGCAGCCCCUGUGACAAAAACUGGAGAUACUAUGGCGACAGCUGUUACGGCUUCUUCAAGCACAACUUUACCUGGAAAGGGGCUCAGAAGUACUGUGCUGACAAGGAUUCCAGUCUGGUGAAGAUCACCUCCAAAAAUGUUCUGGAAUACCUCAAAGACAGGACUAGUUUGAUUCGUUGGGCUGGACUGUCCCGUCAGAACUCUAAUGAGGACUGGGAAUGGGAAGAUGGCUCAGUUGUCUCAAAAAAUAUAUUCGAGCUUUCUGGAAAUGCUAGAGAAAAUAUGAAUUGUGCCUAUUUUCAUAAUGGGAAACUGUACCCUGCCUUCUGUGAGAACGACUAUUAUUUAAUCUGUGAGAAGAAGUCGGGUAUGGCAAAGGUGGAUGAACUACUUUAAUGCAAAGAUGUGAACUGUAUGUCACAGACCAGUGCUAGAUUGUGCAAUAAAAGGUCUGGAUGAAGAAAGAACUAGCUCAUUUUUCCUGUUCUUUGCCCCUUGGAGUCACCUUUUCAUUAUUAUUCCUACCAACACCACUCAGUCCCUUUUAAAUGGAACAGUUUAUACUAAGAGAUAAUUUGCUAUCUUUUUUUAAA